AAGCAACUUGGGAAGAUUGGAAUUCACAGAAGAGGCAUUGUAUAGGCAUUGCACUGGUUUAACUUAGAAGAGGCAAGAAUCAGCAGAAGAAAAGUUUGUUUCAAAACUAGAUAUGGAAGGUGCCAUUAAAACAGUUGUUAUGCAGUACCUGUCUUCAGCACGGGGAAAGGAGAAUCUAAGUGGGAAGAACUUCCAGAAGUUAGUCCAGAGUCAGAUGGGCAGCAUCCUGAGUGACACUGACAGUUCCUCAGCAGUGAAGGAUAUGAUGAAAGGACUGGACGACAACCAGGAUGGGAAAGUGAGUUUCCAGGAGUACCUGACGCUGGUGGGCUACCUGGCGAACUCAAUGAGUGAACAGAAAACUACAGCUAGUGGUGCAGACGCCCCAAAACACUGAUGACAGUUGAUUACACUGACACUAAUUUGUAAAUGCUGGAGUAUUACACCAGUAAUCGUGGUAGGGAGAGUAGGGCUAGUUGUCACACUUUUUACUUGUAAAAGUCUGUAUUUUGGCCAACACACAAUGGCCAACACACAUACAUUGGCCAACACACAAUGUAUUAAAGGUACUUUCCUGUUAUCUGGACCCCAUGAUGGCCUACUCCUAACCCCGCCCCUAAACCUAUCCGUCACUGGGGUUAAGACCAAUCAGGGAUGACUAUAGUUCCGAAAUGGUAUAUGGUGGGGUCCGGAUAACAGGAUAAUACCGUAUUGGAAAUUACAAUAUAUGAAAUACAUAGCAAAACAAACGUUUAGCUGUACUUUUGACUCAAAACCACACAGUUGCCGAGAUUGAGCCCUUGUGACUCCCCAGUGUAACAACUAGCCUCGGACUCUCUCUAAUGCACUAUACAAUCUGCUAUUAAACUACAACGAUAUGAAAGGCUUUUGCAUUUUAAAUAUAUUACAUUGAAAUUAUAAUACUGUUUUCAUGUAUUCACAUUUUAUGAAAAUAUGAAACAAUGACCUGUGGCCAAUUACAAGUGCUAAAAAAACCUUUUGUACAAGUUCCUGCUUUUUUUUUUUUAUUUGCCUUUGCCAAAAUUCCAGGCAACAGGUUUUUGUAACAGGUUUUCAUUUCAACACUCAUAAACGAUUUAAAGGUAGGGUAGGCAAUGUUUUUCAGUAACACUUUUUGUUGGCAAUAAAAAAAAAAACAGAUAAAUAAUCAAAUAAAAUAAUGCUAAAGAUGUACAAUAUAUCUUCUGAGGAAGUCUCAGGACCAAAAAAUAUUCGCCCAAUCAUUGCAUUUGUUCUAAAUGCAAUAACAGAAUGUCAUACCUGUCUGUCAAUGUAUGUAUUUACACCUCCGCAAACCCUGCUCGCGCAGACAUCACACGUCAUCAAAACAACAAGCUUUUGCUGUGUUCACGCUGUAACUACAGUAUACCAAAAUUAAGGGAUGGCAGCACAGUCAGGUUGUACAAGUCAAAGCUCUUUAAGUUGUUUAUGUUCAUUAUUAUUGUAAUGUUAUGUGCUUUGAGUCACGAGGUCAUUUAAAGCCAUCUUUCAUGAAGCUUCUGCUCUGGCUGUACGUAUUCAUGUAUUUUUGGAGGAGACGUGGCUUUGGAGACACUCUGAAGAGAGGGUGGGAUCUUAUGCUUGAUAUAGCUAGCCUUUCCAAAAUUGCCUACCCUACCUUUAUUGUGUUUUUACGCAAUGAUUAGUGCUUUUUAUGCUUGAUAAACAAAACAAGGCAUUCGAAUUUAAGCCAUACUGCAUUUAUAGAUUUACUCUUCAGCUUUGUCUAUUUGGAAGAACGAUGAGGUAAAAUAGAACAUGUUACACUACUUGAGGAAUGUUUUGUAUAAUCUUUCAAUAAAAAUAUGGAAAUAAUGACAAAA